AUGGCACCGCAAGACGCCCUCAUCGUGCGACAAGAAGCAUUGCCCGACCAUGCUGUCGUGCCCUACACUGGCGAGGACCUCGCCCGUCAGAGAUUGGGCCCCGCGAAUCCUUUUCGUGACGACUCGUCGCAGAAUGCGACCGCUUUGAAGCGCAAAAACGUGCUUACAGGCUUCGCCGAGGAGACCUUCAUCAGCGAGCACACCUUCCGCAGUAAACACCGCGCUGUCGAGCGCGCAGGUGGCCCCGAGCGUGAGUUCAUAUCUGGAGCACAAGCCAAGGCCGAGGCGGCAGCGACGCGAGCCAGGCGAGAGGGCAAGGGAAAUGCGACUAUCGCUGACGGAGACGGUGCAUAUGUCGGCCCCUGGGCCAAGUACAAGAGGCCUGCCUACGAGGAGGUAGAGGUAGAAGACGAGGCAGAGCUUGAUAGCGAUGAGGAAUAUGAGAUUGUUGAGGAAGAAGAUGAGGACGAUGUGGUCGAAAGUGGAACAGUCGUCAGCGCCCCAGCCGAAGCUCUAGCGAGGAGGAAACAGGUCGAGGAGAUGGGAGGGGAGACGACAACCUUCCACGGUUCAGAGGAGUUUGAUUACCAGGGCAGGACAUACAUGCACGUGCCACAAGAUCUGGAUAUCGAUCUGCACAAAGAUGUCGGCAGCGUCACAAAUUUCAUCCCGAAGAAACUGGUUCAUACCUGGAGGAAUCACACCAAGGCAGUCACGUCUUUACGUUUCUUUCCAGGAGCUGGGCACUUGCUGCUCUCCGGCUCCGCAGAUACGACUAUCAAGAUAUGGGAUGUAUACCACCAGAGAGAGCUGCUGCGGACGUACUCUGGUCACAACAAGGCCAUAUCCGACCUCACAUACAAUCUUGGUGGUACCAAGUUCUUGUCUGGCUCCUAUGACCGCAUGAUGAAGCUUUGGGACACAGAGACCGGCGUUUGUAUCAGCAAGUUCACCACCGGCAAGACCCCCCAUUGCCUCCAGUUUAACCCGUCUGUCGAGCAUAGCAACGAGUUCCUUGCUGGUAUGUCAGAUAAGAAGAUCGUCCAGUUUGAUAUUCGAGCUGGCAAUGAUCCGGUGCAAGAAUACGACCAUCAUCUGGCCGCUAUCAACACGAUAACGUUCGUCGACGAGAAUCGCCGCUUCAUGACGACGUCGGACGACAAAUCCGUUCGUGCCUGGGAUUACAACAUCCCAGUGCCCAUUAAAUAUAUAGCCGAGAUCGACAUGUUCCCUCUUACCAGGGCAGCGGCGCACCCCAGCGGCAAGUAUGUGGCGUAUCAGAGCUCGAAUAACGAGAUAGUCGUUUAUAACAGCAAUGACAAGUUCCGGCAAAAUCGGAAAAAGAGCUACCGCGGUCACAACAAUGCUGGCACUGCUAUUGACAUCGACAUCAGUCCGGAUGGACAGUUCCUGGCGUCGGGAGAUUCAGGUGGUUAUGUGUGCUUCUGGGACUGGAAGACCUGCAAGAUGUAUCACAAGAUACGUGCGAGCGAUCAAGCCGUCACUUGUGUCCAGUGGAGCCCGCAAGAGACAAGCAAGGUCGUUACCGCUGGUAUGGAUGGCGAUAUCAAAUUCUGGGAUUAA